AUUUCUUAACCAGUCAAGCGUUCUUCCUUGAACUCCUCUGUCGACACUAAAGAACUACCUUAGACAAGAUCUAUGGCUACUACAAAGUACGAAAUGGUCUUGGUCGUAAUCUUUGCAUUUAUGCUAUGCAGAGAAGCAACGGCCCAGUCAAGCUGUUCCAGCACAAUUAUGAGCCUCUCGUCGUGUUUAAAUUACGUUACGGGAAACACAUCAACCCCAUCUGCAUCAUGCUGCUCGUCGCUUGCUGGUGUUGUUCAGUCACAGCCACGCUGCCUUUGUCCGUUGCUAACGGGCGGUGGUUCUUCUCUUGGUAUCGCCAUUAAUCAAACUCUUGCUCUGGCACUUCCUGCUGUUUGCAGUGUGCAGACUCCUCCAGUUAGCCAGUGCAAUGCUGUUGCUAAUGGACCAGCCGGUGCCCCUGCACCGUCCCCCUUGAGUUCCCCUACAGACGCCUCCACCGAACCAGCUGAGACUCCAGCUACAACGACCAUUCCCGAAUCUACAGGGUCGAAGACAGUCCCAAGUACCAACACGGGCACAUCCGGUGGAAGCUCUAUCACGUCAUCCAUCCAACUCUCAGCGUUCACUCUAUUCAUCGCUACUUGGGCUGCCAACACUAUCAAAUUUUGACUUCCCUCCAAGUUGCAUGAUCUAUUACGUCGUUUGCAGCAUCCAAUCUUAUUUUAUCUCGGCAAUUUUUCAUGUUACCAGCGUUUAUAUUGGCGUAAUUCUUAGUCAGUCCCUGUUACGGGAUCUGCUCAAAUCUUGAUUCAUGUUGAGAAGUUCUCAGUUCCCUGCUUGUUUUAUUUUGUACUGUCAUUUGUUCUCCAUUAUUGUCAUUUAUUUGGACAUUUGGCUUGUCAUGAGGAGUAAUACUAUGAGUAGUAUCAUAA